UUAUAACUGAGUAACAAAGGUUCUUAUGUUUUUUGGUCAUCGCACGUACCGAAACACAAAACACAAAGCGAACUCUUCAGAUAAUAAUAACAACAACUCGUUUCACCCCAAAAGAAAAAAAAAAAAAAAAACCCUUUAGGGCACACAACAAAGCGAAGAGAAGCAAAGCACUUGUGGUUCUGUAACAAAUUUCGCGGCUAACUGGUGUAUACAGAAUUGGGGGUUGUCUAGGUCUUGGGACCAAUUUUGCUGGAUCUUUGGAUGAAAUUGGAUUUGGGAAUUUGGGUUUAGUUUCAGUUGAGGUGGUUGAAGAAGAUGGGUCCAGAUCAAUGUUUCUCAAGAUUAAACACACUUGAGAUAAAAGCCCUAAUUUAUCAGAAAAUUGGGCAUCAGAGAGCAGAUACUUACUUCGAUCAGCUCGGCAAAUUCCUUACCUCGAGGAUAAGCAAGUCCGAAUUCGACAAGCUAUGUAUCAAGACGGUUGGUAGGGAAUGCAUAUCUCUUCAUAACGGUCUUGUGCGUUCCAUUUUGAAGAAUGUAAGUGUUGCUAAGUCUCCACCACCGAGAUAUCCGAAGAAACUAGGGAGUCAGUCUCUUUAUGUGGAUUCUUCUGCGUUCCCACCUUCGCCUAGAAAGUGCAGGUCAAGGAAGUUUAGAGACCGGCCUAGUCCGCUUGGUCCACUUGGGAAGCCUCAAAGUCUUACAACUACGAAUGAUGAGUCAAUGUCAAAGGCGAGAAGACUUCCAGCUUCUGUUGAAGAUGGAGAAGAAGUUGAGCAAAUGACGGGAAGUCCUAGUGUGCAGAGCAGAAGCCCCUUGACAGCUCCACUUGGUGUUUCUUUUAACAAUCUUAAGAGCGGGAUUAGAAAGUCUGUUUUGAGUUCUUUUAAUGGUAUCAAUCGUGAGAGUUGCCAAAGCAGUGGUGAGCUACCUGAUACGAUAACAUUGAGAGCUAGGUUGGAGAGGAAACUUGAGAUGGAAGGGAUAAAGCUAUCUAUGGACUCUGCUAACCUUCUUAAUAGUGGAUUGGAUGCAUAUAUGAGAAAGCUGAUCGAGCCUUGUUUGAGUUUAUCUGGUUCUCGGGUGAGAGAUAUGAACAGUCUACAAAAGCGAGCGGUGUCUAACGUAUCAAUGUUGGAUUUCCGUGCUGCCAUGGAGUUGAAUCCACGGGUUCUUGGAGAGGACUGGCCUAUACAUCUUGAGAAGAUCUGUUGCCGUGCUUCAGAAGAGCAAAGGUUGUAGAAACAACGCCGUAAUUUUUAGCAACACAGCAAUAUCAUAUUUGAUUUGACAGAUUUGGUACAUUUACCUGAGAUUCUUUCCUUUGGAAUUUGGGUGGCAUUGCAUGCAAUUAGAGAGAGAUACUUGAUGAAGCUUUGAGGGGGAAACAAAAGAGGCUUGGGGUUUGUACAAGUUCUGAUAGAUAUAUAUAUAGGUUUAAAUACCAUUUGUUUAGCAGAGAUAUCUUUACUUUUUUUCUGUAAUCUUUCCUCAUGUGUCUGAUGUAACAAAUUUUCCAUGAAAGCAAAAGAAAAUUUUAGCA